CACACCGACUUCGUGCGAGUUCAGGAUCAGUAUAGCUGCAGACACCGCCAUGCCGGAUGCGAAACUGGGACGGGUGCACCGUUUUCGCGAUCACGUGGUCGCAGGCGUCAACUGGCGACCGACGCGGUUUGUCGACGACGUGCCCAAUGUACGCGUAUGCGGCCUCUGUCGUACGAUUCCGAAGCGGACGGUGGUGUUACCUUGCUCGCACGUCCUGUGUCAAUCCUGCCACGCGGCCAACUCCCAAGGAAGCUUCGUUGGGCUGUGUCCCUUGGAUCAAGAGCCGUUCGAGGAAACGCAAUGCGCCUUUGUCGAGUUGUCCGCGCGGGAAGCGAACAGGUUUAAGGUUCAUUGCUGGAACGAAUCGCAAGGCUGCAAGUUUGAGGGCACGAUGGACGAGCUGCUGCGUCAUUACGAGACCGAAUGCACGUUCCAUACCGUGGAAUGUUCGCGUUGUGGCGAGGGAGUCCUGCACAAGGACCUGUCGGUGCACUACGUAGCUAGAUGCGGCGCAGCUGGUUCUUCCGUGGCCGCGAAGCAACCGUCCUUGAAAGCUGCAGGAGUGACGCUUCAGGACCUGGGCAACGCGUUGGAAGACCUAAAGGGGCUGUUGAAGGACCUUCGUCACGACGAGCUGCUGUCUGGACUUCAGAGCCUGAUAACUGCUCUCGUAGAAAACGGCCGGAGUCGGCAAGCUAUGUUUGCAGAGCUCACGCACGCGCUCGGAACAUCCGAGCAGAACUUAAAGGAUGACCUGGCCGUAAUCGCGACCGCGGUCGGCGCGACGUUGUCGUACCAGUCUCGGUCUCCGCGACAUCCGGCGGACGAACCCAGCCCGUCGCCGCUAUUAUUGUGCUCGGAGAACGGGCUCAUACUUCGAAAGUUGGAGCAGUUUGCCCACAUGUCGCUGAACACGCUGGAGUACUUGCGGCAAAAUGUCACGCGGCAUGGCCAAAACCCGGUGACUGCGUCUUCUGAGCCUCUCGUAUACUCUUUGGACAGGUUUCGGCGCUUAACCAGCGCGCUGUCCUUGGAACACGGGUUGGGCGAAGAACUUGCCAGGGCAUGCUACGUGCUGACUCUCGAAAACGGGAACGAAAUUUUCCUCUGCCAGGAGGACGACAGAAAGUUUGCCGAGGCCACUUUGUGGCACACCAGGGACACUUAUCUUACGAUAACCGUCUGCAAGCGCAGGUGUUGGGGAAGUUGUGACCUCGUUGUGGAGAUUGUGUUUGACGGGUUGCUGGCGGGUUCUCAGUGUGUCCUGAAUGACUGGUGCGUGAAUGUGCGACAUCCGGGCACCGACUAUUCUUUAGACGGUCCGAGUGAUGGUCAUUGCGUAUGCCCUCGCGAUCUCGACUCAAUGAAGCAUUUUCACCGAGAGUUCAAUAUGGACUUGGAUGUUCUGAAAAACGGUGGUUUUCUGAAAAACGACAGCAUAAUAUUCGAGAUCCUGCUAGACUAUAUAGAUGAGUCCUUGGACUCAAGCACUUAUUGAUUGUCAGCACUGCCAGUGCUUCGCAGCACGAUGUUUUGCUUCCUGCUUCUCGUGUUUGCGAGAUCACAGUUGUCGGGUUCUUUUACCGCCUUGCUCGUAAUCAAAUAAGCCAUUUGUAAUUUUGUGUCAGUUUCCGUUCUUGCCGAAUAAAUUAUUUUAAU